AUGAGUGGCGGCGCUGCAGCAGGAGGAGGGCAGGGGGCUCGCAUAGUGCUUGAGCGGGACACGUGGUUGGUGGAGAAAUUCGAAAACCCGUCUGAAGUUCAGAAGCUUUCUGAAGGCCAAAUGAAGCAUAAAGUACAGGUGCGGGACUGUCGGGGUUUGGCUUUGCAGGUUGAGCCGAAGAUGAAUUCGUUGAUUUUGGAUUCAUGCGAGGAUACUCGGGUUUGUGUGAACAGUUUGAUAGCUUCUGUUGAAAUAGUGAAUUGUAAGAAGAUAAAGAUACAAGUACUGGGCAAUGUGCCGUCCAUAACGAUAGACAAGAGCCAGAAGGUGGAUUUGUUUCUAUCAAAGGAAAGCAAAGAAGUGGAAAUAACAAGCAGCAAAUCCUCCGAAAUGAAUCUAAAUGUUCCUCUUGAAGGAGAAGAAAACGACUGGCAAGAAAUUCCCAUUCCCGAGCAGUUUCAUCAUAAACUAAAACCCGACGGAAAGCUGCAUACGCGGGUCUCGGACUUGUACACGAGCUGA